AUGGCUCCCAAGGUUCUCGUCGUUCUCACCAGCCAGUNNAAUGGACAUCCUACUGGCUGGUACCUGCCCGAACUCGCCCACCCUUACUAUGACCUCGUCAACAACGGCGUCGAGAUCACCGUCGCCUCUCCCGCCGGCGGCGAAGCACCCCUCGACCAAGCCUCCGUCGAGAUGUUCAAGGGCGACGAGGAGUCCGUAAAGUUCCUCAACGAGAAGAAGCAGCUCUGGGAACAAACAACUCCCCUCAAGAACUUCCUCGGCAAGGCUUCCGACUUCGACGCCAUCUUCUACCCCGGCGGCCACGGCCCCAUGUUCGACCUCGUCAACGACGAGACCUCCAUCAAGCUUAUCGAGGAGUUCUACAAGGCCGGCAAGCCCGUCGCCGCAGUGUGUCACGGCCCCAUCGUCUUUGUCAACGUCAAGGUCGACGGCAAGCCUCUCCUCGAGGGCCGCGAGGCUACCGGUUUCAGCAACUCUGAAGAGGAGGCCGUCAAGCUUACCAGCGCCAUGCCUGUUCUCCUCGAGGACGAGAUCAAGCGUGUUGGUGGCAAGUACGUCAAGGCUGACGACUGGGCGGAGAAGUUGGCUGUCGAUGGACAGGUCAUUACUGGACAGAACCCUGCGUCUGCUCAUGCUGUUGGAAAGGCCAUCCUUAAGGCCAUUGGCGCUUAA